ACAAGCGGUGUUUUCGGCGUGGAGUUACGGUAGCUAGCUGUAAUACAUCCAUGACUAGCUAGCUAGCUGUCAUGGCUACCCACAGUAACAACUUUAUCCGCGUGCGCUUACACUUUGACUACCCGCCGCCGGCUGUCGUUGACUGCCGCAUGUGCUGGCUGCUCGUGGACUUGAACACAUGUCGCGUGGUGGCGGACGUGGAGAGCGUCAUCAGGGAGAAGUUUGAGUUCAGUCGCAGAAGCAUCCUCAACCUCUUCAUAGAAGACUGCUACCUGCCGCACACCGAGAGCGUCUACGUGGUGCGGGAUAACGACAGCCUCAGGGUGAAGGUGGACUGUCUGGCUCAGGUGACUGGGCACAGUAGCUCAGAUACAGCAAGUGAAAACUGCAGAAAGAGACCCAGACCCAGUGAGGAGGAUGGACCAGCAGAAAAUGGACUGAGCGUUGAAUGUAAGAAAAAAAGAAGUAAAAAAAGGAGCAAGGUGAGCCUGGAGAGGGAUACCAAGCAGGCGUCAGGUGAUGAGAGGACUAAGAAAUCGCCAGAAAAGCCCACAAAGAAGAAAAAAAGAAAGAAGGCAGUGGAAAAUGGCCCUACUGUCACCCCCAAACCAGUUGCUUCUCCCCAAAAAAAGCCAGUGAGUGUAGAGAAGCCAGUUAAAAGCACCAAGAAGUCCCCAGUGGUGCAAGCAAAAACACAGACUGUCUCCUCUUCAGAUUCCAGUAGCAGCAGUAGUGAUGAGGACGAAGCUCCUAAAAAACCAGCUGCCCAAAAGGCGGCACCCAAAACACCCUCCUCCACCCCUGCUGUUGCCAAGCCGCCUCCAACCACCAAACGUGACCAUAUAAAACCCCACCCACCUUGGCCUUCCUCCUCAGAAAGCGGCUCCUCUUCUGAUGAGGCCAGCACUGUAAAAAGCCUGCCGAAAACCAACGGUUUAACCUUCGCAACCCCUAAAGGAAGACUGGGUGAUAACUCAACGUCUCAGCAGGCUCUUCCUGCCCUGCAGCCCGUCAACGGUACACAGAAACAGGCUGCGAGGGUAGCGGUGGCCCCUAAAGAUAAAAUGGAGGUGUCCAGUAGUUCGGACAGCGAAGAGGAGAUCAAGCUGGUUAUCCGACGGCCAGUGCAGCAGCCGGGCCGCAAUCUGGGCAGUCAGCCGUCUUGGCGAGGCCGGGGACAGACCAGCAACGGUGGUCCGGGACAGAACGAAAGGGGUAGAGGCAGAGGGGUCGGCAGAGGGCACAGCGCCAGCUUUGAGUUCCGCUACAACGGAGCCACGGAGCCGUCCUGUCACACUGAUUCCCUGACCAACAUGUCAGUGGUCCUCCAGAACGCAGCAGAAGCUGCUCCCAAACGGGACUACAGCUCCAUGCCCCUGCUAGCCGCCCCUCCACAGGUGGGCCAGAAGAUUGCUUUCAAGUUACUGGAGCUAACGGAGAACUAUACGCCAGAGGUAUCAGAGUAUAAGGAGGGAAGGAUUGUAAGCUUUGACCUCACCACCAAACAGAUUGAGCUGCAACUGCUGAAUGCCUAUCAAGCUCCUGUAGAGCCUGGCAAGUUUGACCUGGUCUACCAGAACGCAGAUGGCUCGGAGAGCGUGGAGUACGCCGUGUCCAGAGGCUCUCGGGUGACAGAACGGUGGGACUCCCUGCUGGAACCUAGGCUGAUCAUUUAAAUGGGACUAAAAUGGGACUCUCCACACCUUUUCCUCUAAUUACCUUUAUUUCAGAAUCCAUCUUGUACGUUAAACUGGAGAAGUCACUUCUAUACUUUACAUAUGAAAGCUAAGCAAAGUGAUUGAGGUUGAUUGUAUAUUCUUCCCACGUCAUCACUUUGCACAGAAGAGCCACUGCUGGUGUAUGUACAAUUGUUUUAAUUAGUUUUAGACAUGCAAUGCUGUUUUUAUAUACAGUAUGCAGGUGGAUUGAGGCCUGGGACAUAAUGGUUUUAGGUUUUGUACAGUGAUGUGACUGUGGAUAUCAGUCUUGUAUAAACUGUUUUUCUAAUAAAAACACCUAGGGAACAA